AAAAACUCACAGAACAUUAAAUAACAAAAAGGAAAAAAAGUGAAUAAUAAAUGAGGUCGGAAUCCACUUCCGGCUAUUCCGUGACGUGUAUAAUGUGCGACGGUUAGCUCCCUGGCUCAGCUCCCUGCUUCGCUGUGAGGAUGGGAACUCAGAUCAAAGACGUGGUGAUUAAACCUGACGCUCCAAACACACUCCUCCUGGAGAAGCAUGCAGAUUACAUCGCCGCUUACGGAUCCAAAAAAGACGACUAUGAGUACACCCUGUCGGAGUACCUGAGGAUGAGUGGGAUAUAUUGGGGUCUCACUGUGAUGGAUCUGAUGUCUCAGCUGCAGCGAAUGAACCGAGACGAGAUCAUUGACUUCAUUCAAGCGAGUCAGCACGAGUGUGGAGGCAUCAGUGCCAGCGUGGGGCACGACCCUCACCUACUGUACACACUGAGCGCUGUGCAGAUCCUGACCCUGUAUGACAGUGUUAAAUCCAUUGAUGUGGAUAAAGUAGUGGAGUAUGUUCAGGGGCUGCAGCAGGAGGACGGAUCAUUCGCAGGAGAUAAAUGGGGUGAGAUCGAUACGAGGUUCUCCUUCUGUGCCGUGGCCACCCUCGCUCUGCUGGGCAGGUUGGAUGCAGUGGAUGUGGAUAAAGCUGUGCAGUUUGUUUUGUCCUGUAUGAACUUUGAUGGAGGAUUUGGCUGCAGACCGGGCUCUGAGUCUCAUGCUGGACAGAUUUACUGUUGUACAGGUUUCCUGUCCAUCACUGGUCAGCUCCAUCAGGUGAAUGCUGAUCUGUUGGGUUGGUGGCUGUGUGAGAGACAACUUCCAUCUGGAGGCCUCAAUGGCCGACCUGAGAAGCUGCCGGAUGUGUGUUACUCGUGGUGGGUUCUCGCUGCGCUGAAGAUCAUCGGCAGGAUUCAGUGGAUCGAUAAAGCCAAGCUGAGGAGGUUUAUCCUGGCGUGUCAGGACGAGGAGACGGGCGGCUUCGCUGAUCGACCCGGAGACAUGGUGGACCCGUUCCACACUCUGUUCGGUAUAGCCGGUCUCUCUUUACUGGGUGAAGAACAGGUUAAAACGGUGGAUCCAGUCUUCUGCAUGCCAGAGGAAGUUCUGCAGAGAAUCGGCCUCCACACGGACCUGCUCACUUAAAACACACACACACACACACACACAGUACAGUGCUGUAGAGUUAUGUUAUAAAUGUGUUAUGAUGCAUGGUAAGCCUUGACGGUAAUAAUGAGUUAGUUUCCUGUGUUGGUGAUGACGGAAACUUGACACUGUUUCUCUGAAGCCUGGAUACAGAACACUGUGUUUAUAUGCAGCUUUUAUAUAUUUAUUUAUACAGCAGGGUCGAGGAAGAGGAGGAUGAUGGAUGAAGAAUAUGAGAUUAUGCUCAAAAUUCUGCUUUUCUUUUCUCCCAAAUGGAUGGAUGAAGCUUGUCUGUUGAAUUAAACUAAAAAGAUGAUGAAUAAAAAAACUAUAAUUAUAAAUCGAUUAAA